CACCGGAAGUGUCGACCGUGUUGUUGUUGCAGCACAGCUGCUGUCAUGUGAUAGCCCGUUUGAAAAGCUGCUUUGGAUAGUGGCUUCCUACUUUUUGAUGCGGCUGAAGUAAAACCGGCCCCGGACAAGAGUUGUAUGCCUGUGGGGCAGAGCAGCGCAGCUUGUUAGUGACAGAGAGCCUCGGCCGCCAUGGGUUGCUGCUACAGCAGCGAGAGCGACAACACCAGCCAGGACCCUGAAGAGGUUAAGCCACUGAUCCCCCAUCCAAACCCUGUCAGCAAACCUCCAAAUGGGACUGACUGGAUCACUACAGGUGUCCCUUCAGCACGCACAGAUGAACAGGCCCUCCUUACAUCCAUCCUGACAAAGACUGCACAGAACAUCAUUGAUGUCUCAGCAGCCGACUCUGUUGUCAUGGAGCAGCAUGAAUAUAUGGACAAAGCUAGACAAUACAGUACAAAGCUGGCUGUGUUGAGCACCAGCCUGCCACAAAAGAAAGCCCUCACGCUCCCCUCCCUCACCAGCCAGCCCCACCAAGUGCUUGCAAGUGACCUGGUGCCAUACUCGGAUGUUCAGCAGGUGUCCAAGAUAGCAGCUUAUGCUUACAGUGCAAUCUCUCAAAUCAAAGUGGAUGCUAAAGAGGAUCUGGUGGUUCAGUUUGCCAUUCCCUGAUUCUCCAACUCUGGCCUGCAUAUUGUUCCUCCCAUCCCACUCUCUCUGUGUCACUCCUUAUCCUCCAGCCCGCCUUUUUAUUAAAACAUUUUGGUUUAAUUGGUUUGAUUUAUUAAAAAAAUUUCUUAGCUAUGCCUACAACUGAUACAAAAACAUAGACCAUUAAGGAUUUCACCCUCUGGCUCACCCUUGGUUAAAUCCAUGAGCGGUUAGCAACAAUUUAUCACUUGUCAAAUGUGCAGUGGAUGGUGGUUUACUGUAGAUGGGUGUAAUGUAAUACUUGAACAAUGCCUCCCAGAUGUGGUUUAAAAAAAAAAAAAAAAAAAAAACAUUCUUCCUUCUUCAUGAUGAGCUCUCUAAUUUUUUACAAAUAUUUUCAUGGCCUUAUAUUUUUUUCACGUUUGAUUCCCUAGCCUCUACAAAGAAGCAAAUCGAGCUUCACACCUUGGUGUUAUAAAAAGUCAGAGAACAGUAGAACAUACAGUUCUAUCACUUGACAGAGGGAUACGAUUUACAACUUUGUAAAAGAGAACUGAGGAGUUUUGUGGCUUGAGAUAAUUUACAAUUUCAAAGUAUUAUAAAUACAAAUGGUUGAUUUUAAUUCAUCUGUUAACCGAUGUUAACAUAAUUCACCUUCCAAUAUGUCUUCAUAUUUGUAAAUCUUUUUUUUUUUUUUUACUUUUGUUCUGGGGGGACAUCACCCAAUUAUUUCUUUUUUCCAAACAAAAAAGUAAAAAUCUGAUCCAGAAAUAUUAAGAUGUCUUUGUAAUUUUAAAUGGUUGAAGUACAGUGACCUUAUAUAGGCCAGGGGGAAUCUGGUGUCACUCUACGCCAAGAUCCCUGAACUAGUACACCAACCUGGCUGGAAUAAAUAUCAGGCUGGUUAUAUUUACAAACUGGCAGCAAAAAGAGAAGUUUUGGUAAUUUUUGCCCACCACAAUAUCUGUUUUUCAUACUGAGGCCACAUCAUGAGUGACCGGUGUGUGGAUAAGGAUGUAAACACAAGCAAGAGGGCUCUAGCUGGGGGGUCCUACUGAUGUCACUGCCAGCAAGUAAUGAUUGAGCUGUCUUGGGGAAAACGGCUUGAGUUUACAGCAGUGUGCAGGUUUUCUUGCACUGAUGAUGAGCUGGCCAGAACGUGACAUUUCAUAGCAGCGGAGGUAUUCGGAGAUGAAGAGGGUGGGUGUUUGGAGGAUGCAGGGUUAGACAUUACGUAUUCAUGCCUUUGUACAGACUUUUCUGAUUGACUGAAAACACAUGGAUUGUAUGACUUUCUUCUGUUUGUCAAGAAAGGCUUGGCAAAGAUCUUGUGAGGAAUUUUUAUGAGACACAACACUUUUACGGCCUGCAUUCGUCAGCUUUUACACAAAGCGUUUUGCUGCAGAUUGUGAAAAUAUGCAGUUGUUCAUAUUAAUCAUAAACUAACUAUUGUAGCAGUGUGAGGGAGUGUUAAUCUAUGUACCGCAGCAGAUUAAAUGAUCUCAGACCUUUGUGAUUAUUUAUUUUGUUCUAUAAUGUGUUUUGCUCUUUGGCGAGAGCACUGUGAGCUGCUCUCGAGUCGCUAAAGGGAUGCUCUGCAAGUCUGUGAUGAUUUAAACCUCGCAACUGAUUUGAGCUUUUUUUUGUGUUUGGCAUCUUUAUUUUGAUGUUUUGUUUGUUUCUCAAAUGUGUAAUACUACCUGAAAUACUGUAUGUUUGUAAUAUUUUAGGCUAGUACCAAAAAGAUUUAAGAUUUUUGUUUUUCUUUUGUUUGUUUAAUCAGUUCAUUAAAAACUUUCAACAAAG